UCUGAUGUCACGAAGCGCAGAUUUUUUUCCCCAAACCCACAAACUCUGACCAUGUUAUUCCAUCGAAAAUAGUCUGUCUUGGAAGUAGCAGCGAGUGGAGGCGGUGGGGGGAGAGAGGCGGCGGAGGAGGAGGGAAGUAACAACAGCAGCCGGGCGAGCAGAAGGCGCCGGAGGCGAGCUGCCAGGCGGGGGGAGCUGCCUCGGCGACCGAGCGCUACCGCACGAAAGUAGUUCCCGAGUGGGCUGAGCCCCGCUCCCGGUGCAGCCCCGGACUCCUCGCUUUCCUCCCCCCCCCCCCCCCCCCCCCCGGGCCAGGGGACGGCGUGGAUCUCUCACCCCGGAACAACACCCGGACCACUGCCCACUUCUAGAAACUCCUUAAAAGUAUUUUUUUCUUAAUGAAAGGAAACACAUUUGGAAGAAGCGCGCGUUGUUUGUGGAUUUAAUGGACUAACCGGGCACCAUAUAUUUUAAAAAAAGACAUGUAAACAGGUAUAAACACCAGCUGGUGCUACAUUCAACACAUGCUUUGUUCACCAGCACAAGAGGGCCUCUAACAAGGCUGGUUCUGAAUUGAAAUUGGAAGUUGGAAGCUCUUCAUUGUUGAACUUCUGGAGGAACUAGGCGAGUAUUGCUUGGUGCAUGACAGGAGGCGAGAAUCGGAAGAAAGUACAGGGACAUGCUAGAGCUUGCUGGUGGCUUGAACAAGGAAAGAGCAUUCUUAGUUGGUGUGCAGUUCCAUGCUAAUAAUAUGGAAAGAGAAAUAGUAAAACUGCAGCUUGUGGUAACAAGCAGGGGCUAAACUGCCAUCAAUCAAGGACAAGAAAGUUAAGCACUGGUAUUAUUUGGAAGCUUCAGAUUCUUAAAUGUCACCAGGAAAGGGACGGCUAUUUACACCCUUGGCAGGAAAGGAGCUGUGAGACAACCGGCAAACUGUUUAAGGGAUUUAUUUCUGAGAAACACUGCUUCCAAGGCGUGUGAGCCAUGCCUUUCAGGCUGAAGCUAAGGAGGACCAGACGUUACAAUGUCCUAAGCAAGAACUGUUUUGUGACACGCAUCCGAUUGUUGGACAGCAAUGUUAUCGAGUGCACGCUGAACGUGGAGGGCACAGGGCAGGAAUGCCUGGAAGCUGUGGCUCAACGGUUAGAAUUGCGUGAGACACAUUAUUUCGGACUUUGGUUCCUCAGUAAGACUCAGCAGGGACGAUGGGUGGAAUUAGAAAAAGCUCUGAAAAAACAACUGGACAAAUUUGCCAAUGAGCCCCUCCUCUUCUUCGGAGUGAUGUUCUACGUACCCAGUGUGUCAAGACUACAGCAAGAGGUCACAAGGUAUCAGUAUUACCUUCAAGUAAAGAAAGAUGUGCUCGACGGGCGACUUCCCUGUACGUUGGAGCAAGGCAUCAGGCUAGCUGCUUUAGCUGUGCAAGCUGAUUUUGGAGACUACGGGCAAUAUGAGUCUCAGGAUUUCCUCAGAGAAUAUGUCUUGUUCCCAAUGGACUGGGCUCAGGAUGAACGGAUGUUGGAGGAAAUGACUAGGAAGGUAGCAAUGCAACACCAGGUCUCCAGUGGGAUGCCACCUGCGGAGGCUGAGUUGCUGUAUAUUAAGGAGGUGGAACAGCUUGAAGGCUUUGGGCAAGAAAGUUUUCCUGCUAAGGACAACAUUGGAAAUGAUGCUUUUAUUGGCAUUUCCUUUAUGGGAAUAUUUGUAAAGCACAGGAAUGGACGUCCAACUAUAACAUAUAGGUGGAAUGAAGUUGGAAAUAUUACGCACAACAAGUCUUCAAUUAAUGUAGAAUUAACAAGCAAAGAAGAAACUGUUCUGUUUCACACAGAUGACAUUGAAAUGGCAAAAUACAUAUCACGGUUGUUCACAGCAAGGCACAAAUUUUACAAACAGAACAAAAUCUGCACAGAACAAACACAGUCAUGUUCCCCGACACCUAUUCGGAGACCACCUACAUGGAGCAGAUCAUCUUUGUCAAGGCAACAGCCUUUUAUACUGCCACCUAUGCACGUCCAAUAUGGAGAUUAUUCUGAAACAAACACCUCACAAGAUAGUAUUUACCAUGGCAAUGAGGAAGGGUUCUACUACAGAUCUCAGACUAGCUUGGACAGAUGUGCAAUGGAAUACAAUUACAUAAAUGGAACUGUGCCAAAUGGCAGUGUGUAUAGUGCUCCUAGUAUGAACUCAUUAAAUCAUUCACAAAACUUCAUCCAGGCAUCUCCAGUAUCCUCUAAUCUCAGCAUUCCUGGAAGUGACAUCAUGCGUGCAGAUUACAUCCCCAGCCACAGGCACAGUGCUAUCAUUGUGCCCUCGUAUCGGCCCACACCUGACUACGAGACUGUAAUGAGGCAAAUGAAACGAGGUGUCAUUCAUAUGGAUUGUCAAAGCCAAUCAUUGAGGAACCUUAAUAUUGGAAACACUCAUGCAUACAACCAGCCAGAAGCUAUGGUUUACAGUCAGCCAGAGAUCAGGGACCAUUAUCCCACUCGUUAUGGGUCAAAGCACAGUUACAAAAAACCUGUGGCCACAUCUGCCCAACCAAAUGCCAACCAACCUGCACCCAGUAGGACUGCAAACAGUGCAAUCUCCCACACAGUAAGCACCCCCGAACUUGCCAAUAUGCAGUUGCAGAGUACUCAGAAUAACAGUACCACCCACAUGUUGAGAAACCAUUUUUGCAGACCACCCCCUCCGUACCCACGUCCGCGGCCUGCCACCAGUACACCAGACCUUGCCAGUCACCGCCACAAGUACGUGAGUGGCAGCAGUCCUGACUUGGUCAGUCGGAGAGUCCAACUCUUUGUGAAGACGUUUCAGGAGGAUAGUUCGCCUGUGGUUCACCAGUCCUUGCAGGAGGUCAGUGAGCCUCUCACAACAGCCAAACAUCAUGCAGCUGUUAACAAACGGCAUAGCCUCGAGGUAAUCAGCAGCAUGGUACGUGGUAUGGAGGCCAUGGCGCUGAAGACUUUAAGUGCCUCUGUCCCUCAGCGGAGGAACACCAUGCGUGAUCAACGUCGCCAUGAGGACCAGGUGCAAGAGGUUCAACAGCAACCUCCGUAUCAUCACAAGAAGACGCUAUCAGAUGCCACAAUGCUAAUUCACAGCAGUGAGAGCGAAGAUGAAGAAGAGACUCCUGAUUAUGAUGUUCAAAUCCCAGCAUAUAAUGACACAAUGGGCUACAGAGCCCAGCUGCAGGCAGCGUUGGCAAAAAUCCCAAACAAGCCCCCUCCUGAAUAUCCAGGAAACAAAAAGAGUAUAAGUAAUGGAGCCUUAAGACAGGAACGAGAUAGAAGUGCAGAACUUAUUGUCAGGACCAAACUGCCGGGUCCUGAACUUGAUACUUUCUCGAGAAAUGAACAAAUGAUGCUUAAUGGGUCUUCACUUGGGCCAUCUAUUUCUGAGCCUGACCUGACUAGUGUGAAAGAGCGUGUCAAAAAGGAGCCUGUCAAAGAAAGACCUGUGUCUGAACUUUUUUCUACUGAAGACAGCAUUGUGGAAAGGGAAAUCAUGUUGAGGAAUUUAGAAAAGCAGAAACUGGCAGCAGCAGAAGCCCAGAAGAUAGGGCCACUCAAGUGGGCUGCCCUCAAUGGCCUAUCGAUGGCCAGAGUCCCAGUACUUGAAGAUAGCCAAGAUGACACCUCGAAGGUCCCCAUGGAUGAAAGGUGUAAGAUGCUUGAAAGAAAGCUAGAGGAAGAUAUGGUGUUUACAGAGUAUGAACAGAUCCCAAAGAAGAUGGUAGAUGGUGUUUUCACCACAGCAACUCUUCCAGAAAACGCAGAACGGAAUCGUUUCAGGGAUGUUGUUCCAUACGAGGAGAACAGGGUGGAACUUGUGCCAACCAAAGAAAACAACACUGGCUACGUAAAUGCCUCUCACAUCAAGGUUACUGUGGCUGGAGAAGACUGGCAUUAUAUUGCUACACAGGGACCCCUGCCUCAUACAUGCCAUGACUUCUGGCAGAUGGUGUGGGAGCAAGGAGUGAAUGUCAUUGUCAUGGUUACAGCAGAAGAGGAGGGAGGAAAACCAAAGACCCAUCGAUACUGGCCCAAACUGGGCUCAAAGCACAGCUCGGCAACUUAUGGAAAAUUUAAGGUGACGACCAAAUUCCGCACAGAUUCUGGUUGCUAUGCAACUACGGGUUUAAAGGUCAAGCACCUGUUGUCUGGGCAGGAGAGGACCGUGUGGCAUUUGCAGUACACAGACUGGCCAGAUCACGGCUGUCCAGAAGAUGUUCAGGGUUUUUUGUCUUACCUAGAAGAAAUUCAAUCAGUUCGUCGGCACACCAACAGCAUGCUCGACUCUACCAAGAGCUGCAACCCACCAAUAGUUGUGCAUUGCAGUGCAGGAGCUGGAAGAACAGGUGUGGUGAUUCUAACAGAAGUCAUGGUUGGUUGCUUGGAGCAUAAUGAGAAGCUGGAAGUGCCGGUUAUGUUGGGAUUUCUCCGUCAACAGCGGAUGUUGAUGGUACAGACUAUAGCCCAGUACAGGUUUGUCUACCAGGUCCUCAUACAGUUCCUGAAGAACUCUCGACUGAUUUAGCCACAAAUUCAUAUUUUGUAUUUGAACCACCUUAACAGUUAGCAGUGGAAAUGGAGCUAGCUCUUUUUUUUGAAAAAACAAAAUCAGGUCAGUAUGGCAAGUACUUUGACUUUAAAACCAUCCUUUAAUUCUGUUGCAAAUCUUGCAGGCUUCAAAUAAGAUUGAGGCAGCUAUUGGAGCCUGUCAUAAAUUCUGAAUUAUUGAAGUAGCAAGAAAGAGAACAUUCAAUAUGCAGACUUACCAGGGGAAGAUGAUGGAAUGUCUUUAGCACAAUGAUAGUUUCCAACCAAAAGCACCGUCCACCCUUGUCAGUUUUGUAGAGUCGGCUAAUAACUUGAGUGAAUGUUGCCCUCUUAAUUAUCUAUUAAACGAUUAAAAUGACAAUGCAGUCUUUCACAUGUUAAAAUUCCAUUUUUCUCAAGGCUUUCAUACUUGUUUGCAGGAUUUUAUCUUGAAAUACUUGGAGACUUAGACAUGCAGCAGGCAUGGGUAAUUUAUGGGACGUGUUUCUUUCAGAGCAAGUCUGGCUCAAAUUAUUGUCUCUAUAAUCAACCAGAUUCUCUAUCAUCUAAUUCAAAACUGUGGCAAGUAUCACCAUGCUCUAUAUGACCAAUGAUACUUUCUUCCUGGAGGGUGAAUGGGUUCAACAUUGCCAACUGUUUUUGUUUUAAUGGUAGGAAUACUUGUGAGAUAACACAAUAACAGGCAGUUAUUUUCAAGCAGAUCUACGGUAAGAACCUGGAAAUUCAUUAGUAGUUACAUGGAGGGGUGAAGCAAGCACCAAAACCAAAAGAUGAUACUGUAGGGAAUUCAUUCCUAUGGAACUUCAGUUUCAAAUGUUAACAUUCCUCAUGGUAGGUGAGGCCAGAAUAAUUUUAAAAACAAAACAAUGGAAGCAGCUUUUGGUACACUUACAUGGCCAAAAAGCACUGAGACUCAAAAGGUUGUUCCUUCUCUCUACUUAAGCUACUGAUGAAACAAAAAGAAUAACUUAUAUAAUUGACCCAAAGUAGAUGCCUGGUAACUAAUUAAAAGGGCAGUAUUUUCAUUCUGGUUGUGCAAGGUUUAUUACUAAAUUCAAUUUUUGAUUUUGUGUCAGCUCUAAGCAUUUCUAUUCAUGCUAAAUGCUGUGUAGACACAAUUACCUCAAGAAUCUAGUAAAUAACUGCAGAAAAUAGCACUACCCCUGCCUACCUUCCUUCAUGGAUGCUGUUUGACUUGGAGUGUCUCCAGCAUUUUUGUUUCAGAUUUUCUGUAAUAAUAAUUUGUUGUUGUUAAAUAUUUGUACCAGUUGAUAGUACAAGAGAGAACAGGAUGUAUAUGAAUGAGAUUUGUGUUACAAAUAAAAGCAAAAUACCCAGUAAGUGUCUAGUGGUAAAGAUUUGUCUCAAAGAUUUUGUCCAGUUAAAUAAUUUGAGAUCAUAAAACUAGAAAAAAAGUUCAAUUUUGUAUUAUUUAGUACUCACUUUUGUAGAAAAAUAAGAUACCAGUAUCACUCUGGUUCUUUUUACAACCACAGUGAAAUCUGGCAGGCUGCUGAGAAAAUAUUAUUUAUAUAACUGGUGGUUAUAUUCCAUUUUAAUUUAAAUUGGACUUGGUCCCCUACGAAAUAUUGCAGCAAGUUACUUUAAUCCCGGAAUAGGUUUUUUUAAAUUAUAUCUGCAAGGCAAGAAGUAAAUUGGUUCAUUUUUAUUUUGAUAAUACACCACAGCAAGAAUUAGUAAACUUUUUUAUCCUCACAAGAUAACAGUCAUGCAAACUGUUAUAUUAGCAGUGUUGAAUGUAAUGAGAUACACUUAAAGGAAUGGAAUGAAGUAUUGACAGUUAUUUUUGAUCUUUUGGUGGCAAAAUAUUGCACCAAACCUCAAGGUAUUAAAGAUAACAGCAGCAGCAAAGAAUAGGAACUGAACAGUCAGACAAAAUAAUUCUGUGCUAUUAUGUGGCCUAGUUAGUAGUUUGAGUGACCAAAUAGUUAUUUUCCCCUGUAGAGAAGGGUUAUCAUUGGUUACUAGGCAGGGGAAGUGCAUUACUUAAGCAUGAUAAUGCCAUCCACAGAUUAUUUAUUUGCACAAAAGGUAAUUUUAGUGAUUUGAUUUUACUUUGUAAAUGCCCGGCAAAAAAAACUUUCCAAUAACAUUAGACUAGAUGACACUCAUCUUAAUUCAUUAUUUUACAUGGUCUUUGACGGUGCUAAGGUAUAGUUGUGCCAAUACUACGGACCUUUUGUUUUUUUACCAAUAUGGCGAUUGGAUAUUCAUUGCUGUUUAAAUCAUUAUGCUUGAAUUACAGAGUGUGGUAAUAAGUAUUUACUUAAUUGUAAACAACCAAGAUAAAAAGGUGCAGCCAUUAUAAUUGCAGAGAUCAUUAGCAAAGGGCAAGAAAAGACCACAGGUGAACAAAUGCCAAAAUAUUCAAGCAUGGAAAAAUUAUACGGCAAUUAUACUUGGGAGUGGAAAAUUAAAUUUAAUAAUUUUGGUCAUAUGCAGGAAAAUUACUUGGGUGUUUAAGAUUGUAAGGUUUAUUACAAUAGAUGAAAACUAAAGGAAAGUUCAGGCUGCAUGUUCUCUUCACUGACUACAUAAGGUUAGCCAAAACUAUAGUAGGAUAUUUACCAAGUUGGAAGUCUAGACUAUGCUUCAGUUUUUGGUAAAAGGUACUACUGUACAAGUUUUAUAGAUGCCCAGGCACUAUGCUGUCACUCGCAUUGUGAACAACCAUUGUUGUUCUCUCUCGUGGAAUUGGGGGUGAAAAAUCGCCAGGAAUCCACCUAAUGCUUGAUGGACAAUCAGCACUACUACUGGCACUCAUCUGCUGCUACCUGAAGCCUGGAGUAGUUUGUCCAGUCCCUGCACUCUUUCUUCCACUGUUCUGUGUAAGGAGGUGAUUCCAACUUCUGCUUAAAAGCACUUUUGCUUUAGUGGUUUUCAUGACCUAUAUCGUGAUAUUCACGAAUGAAAGUGAACACAGUAAAACCUGGUGUACCAAUCUCUACAGCCAUACAGAGCCUAAAUAAGCUAGGACCAUGCAGCACUGAAAGUCUCUCCACAAAAUUAUGCCCUGGUGUAAUUUACUUUUACCCCUUACAGCAUUUUGGAAACUGCCAUUAAUAGCAAAACAUUGCCACAAUUAUCAGCAGAAACCCCAAGGAAGUUCAGGGUGUAGUUCUGUAGAGAUUUGUUUUUAUUUUUAAAUGAAAGAAAUAGUUAACAACAGCUGAAAAUAGAUUUUAAAGGCCACUUUCUGGCAGGCCAAGAUUUACGGUGACUGAACAAAGUAUUAGGGGCAAUGUCAAGAUUCGAAUGGUCUGAGUGCCUAAAACAGUAUAUAGUUCUAGGAAAAACAAUAAAUUACACUGUUCCCCUAUUUUUAGACUUAUGUCAAGUACUUUUUUGACAUCCUUGUUUAGAUGGCUGACCUGCUGUGCCUUUGCAAGCUCUUUCCACUGACUAAUAUUAUUGACUGAUCUUAAUCUGUAUAUUUAUAUAAUUUAACUGAUUGGGAUAAAGCCCAAUCUGAGUUUUUAAUAUGCUAAUAUCUGUACUGUCACAGUAUUUUUUUCAGCUUAUUCAAUAUUGCUAAAGUCUCAGUUUUGGAGGUCACAUGCAGGCAAAUAAUGAUCCAUAUUCAUUAUCAAAUGUUUGCCAUAACUGAACUUGCUGCAGUGCCUCUUACAUUGUUUGUUUGGAAAUGCUGAAUGAUGGUUGCUCACCGAGGUUUAAACAAUUGUUUCAGUUGUUGUUUUAGGAUCUGUUAUGAUCAGUAACCAAGCAGCACAAGUUUUUAUCCCCUUAAGAUGCUUUUAAAUGGAAAGAUUUAUUAUUCCUCUAUGAAGAUCCCUGGGAUGAGUUAAAGACACUUUUUUUUAUUUAUGCACAGUUCUGAGAUUAAACCAGAAUCCUUUCUAAGUUGAACACCAAGUUAUUUGAACUCAAUUGGAAAACAUGAUUAAAAAAUUAGAACCUUCACCUCAAAAAUAAACUUGGGUAAUUAGUUUCCUUUGGAACAAGAUUGUAAUAUAGCUCUAAAUUCUUCAAUGAUUCAAUAGUAGAAACAAUAACAAUUUUGGCACACUGAUGGGAAAAGUUCAAAAUCAUUCCAUUCUAUGGGAAAGUAAUUGUGAACUACUUUCUGAAACUUGUCAGUUUGUAACCAUAUAGUUAUUUGUUUGCAUUGUUCUAUCAUUACCAAGAAAUAUCCCAAAAAAUGGAACAAAUUUGUACUGAAGGUAGUCCAGAAAGUUGAACUCCAUUUAAAUAUCACUUCAGUCCAGGCUGGUUUUAUUAGGAAAUUUGACCUUCCAAAUCAGAAUGCAUAUUGCUUGUACAAGAACAGUCAUUAUGGGCCAGAUCUUUUGAAUUUCACCCUCCUUCCCCAGAUAUACUUGAGGGUUCAGAGGGCCAAUCUCAAAUUGCACUGGCCUAAAAGAACCCAGACUCCAAUGAUGUGGUUUCAGCACCAGUAGGGAGCUGGCUGCACAGCAAGUCCACUCCACCAAAUGCUGACAGCUGAGCGAGACAUUUUAACAAAAUUAAAAAUGGACAACACAAAUACCAAUUAAAUCAUUAGCAACAGUAACUUAACUUUCCCCUGCCUUCUAGUCCAUAGCCAUACAAUUCCCAUCAACAAAGUCUUGGAUCCUGUAUCAGGUCUAACCCAGUACAGGAUUCAAGAGGCAAUCUCCAUCUGUUAGUAAGUCAGUCAAGGCUUGUACAUUACAGACCACGCACCAAAGUCUCAGCCUUACUGCUGUCUAAAUGCUGAAUGCUAGUCAAUCCAAUCAGAGCCAGCAAGAUCCAGACCAAUUUUUUUUGAUACAUCAUAAACUAUAAACACUAUACCAAUUUUGUCCUCUACUUUUAACACUGGCCAGAAAAGUGCAGUAUGAUUUAGCUACUAUUGCCCCAACUCCACUGAAAGUUUCAGAUUUUAAAUUUCAAUAUGUUCAAAUCAGUAAAUUCGUUUACUAAUCCAUGCCAUGCCAAUGUAUGUGAUUUAUGAAAAGAUCUUUGCUCUGCGGGCUCUAAUUGGAUUACUUAUCAGUUCAAUCUAUGACAUGCAACUAUUUUUUUAAAAGCACGUGUGUGUGGAUUUAGAAUUUAAUUGGUACUUGCAGCUGUUCAAAACCACUUCUUGGCUUCAUCUUUGUUAUUUUAAAAAAAGCCAUCAUUAUCAAAGUGUUCCCUCUAGCCUCAACUGAUACAAAAUCUUCUGAUUUGCCAAUUUAUUGAAUACAUUAUGACUUGGCCUUUUAUGCCCUAGAUAAUUUAAAGUGUCUGCAAUUGCCUUAGGGCAAAUGGCUCAUAUCUCAUUAAUAUAGCUGAUAAUUCUAUAUUGUGUAAUUUAUUGUCAUUCCUCUAUUCAAAUAGAACAAAUAUUCAGAAAGGUGCAGAGGUAAAAAAAAGAUGAAGUGGCAGUUAAACCUCCCUGUUUCUUAAAAUUCUUCGAGCUGUAGCACAAAUUCUACCUAACACAACUUGUCAUCUGUUAAACAGAUGUACAGUAUUAUAGAGGUGAAGUUGAAGCAUAAUGAGCAAAACUCUGCAUAGCUGGAAGGUAGUACAAUGGACUGGCUUUUUUUUAAAACAAAACUGUACAAAGUGUAUGUUAUAACUAACUCAGUGAAAGGGUUUUGGCCCUUUAAAUGUAACUUUAAGAAAUGUAAAUGUGUAGACUUAAGUCCACAAUGACUUUCAAAAGAAUCUAAUGGUCUUAAUACAUUAAGUGAAAGAGUCUUACAUUCUGGUCAUCCUUUCUUUCCCUCAAACUAACUGUGCAUGCUUUUUAACAUCAAGUUUAUAUAUACUCAAUGUAUAAGCUUUCCUUAUCAUUUCUCUGGUACAAAACUGUGAUACUACGUGACAGUAUUUUACAUUGAACAUUGCUGCCUCUUUCUGUGGAUACCGAACCAUUCAGCAUCGCUUCAUGAGACAUUAAAAAAUAAUUUUUCUGACAUGUAAAUAAUUUUGUAUAUGCUUUGUGACUUUCCUUAUUCAUGAAUGUACCAAACAUUUUGUAAAAGAUAAUUGUCUAUCAUUCAUAUAUA